AUGGUAGAUAUCUGCAUGUGCAGCAUGUUGGAGAAACUUUCUAUGAGGUCACUCUUAUUUUCUGGAACCAAGUAUCCUACUUCAAAAUUGUUUUUUUUUCCCAAGGUAUUUGUUAUCCAGCACAGCAUUCAACAAGCCAUGAGACAUCAAGAUGGCUUCAUGAGACAAAUGGGAUUAGAGAUGAAUAUGAAGUUUGAAAAAUAUUGGUCGGAUUACAGCUUGAUCCUUGGAAUUGCAAUUGUGAUGGAUCCUCGGUACAAAAUGGAAUUUGUAGAGUGGGCCUAUAGCAAGCUCUAUGGUGUGAACUCUGAGCAAUUGAAGCAAUUCACUGAUACUUUGUUUUCUCUAUUUGAUGUAUAUGUGGAGAAGUGGUCUAAUCCCGUUAAUUCAAGUGGUUUCAUGAGUGAGAGUUGUUCUCAAAUUGAAGGUGAAGACACCAUUUUGGAGGAAUUUGAUGCUAACUACAAGAAUGGUUCAACUUCGAGUAUGAAUAAUGAAUUUCACAAGUAUCUUGAUGAAGAAAGGUUGGAAAGAAAGAAAGAGUUGGAUGUUCUUUCUUGGUGGAAAAUGGAACAAUUUCGGUAUCCUAUACUUUUUCAUAUGGCUUGUGAUGUGCUAACGAUUCAUAUUUCUACGGUUGCAUCUGAAUCCGCGUUUAGUACUGCUGGUAGAGUAUUAGAUCAAUACCGUAGCUCAUUAUUGCCUGAUACUGUUCAAGCAUUGCUAUGUACUCGAGAUUGGAUUUUCGGUAAAAAAGACUAA